AUGCACAUGCCGGUCGCGGAGACUUUUGGCUUUCUUCCAAGCACCGACACUCUUGGGACGCGGUCCGCUCUCGGAGGAGGGAAGAGUUAG